AUGAUUUACUCAAAGCCCCGCUUGUACUGCCUAUUUGCCAUGCAUGUCUUCGCGGCUACUUGGAACAUAAUGACCUGGAGACACAGUAGAAACAUUGGGUCAUGUUCACCUUAUCAACCUGCUGACUGCCACUUAGGCACCGACCUAGUUCGAGGGCGAAGAGUCUAUGUCAACAGCGAACAAGGAUUCCAGCGCGGUAACAACGCUAGGCUAAACGCAAAGUGGAAGAGGACACAAAGAAAGGGAUCCGGGGACGCGAAGCAGAGGGGAGCACCUUCGGGGCGAGCAGACGCAGCCGCCCAACUAGCAAACGUGGUGGGGCAACCUUUCUCCGGCUUGCACCCCAAGUUCUGCAAGAGUGCAGAGCCGGUAUUGUCCCCAAACGUGUCUUGGCCCAUGCCUAUCACAGAGUCAAACCACAAGAGCAGAGCUUUCCGGGCCAUCUACCUUAGAGGAAUCCGGAAGCGCAGCGCGCGGCUGGGGCCAGAGAUCCCGGCUGGGGUCCAGUAUGUCUUCCUUUCGGAAGCAGGACAUCCAGUUAGACCAGCACCGUCUGUUGAAGAUGCCAUCUUCCGUGUGAAAUUCUGGCUGCUUUAUCAAAAAUCAGUUGUCCACCUGGAUCUUCCUGACCAACCAAAAAGACGAAGAAUUAGGAGACACAGAUCAAAAAGGAGUAUUAAAAACCUCAAUGAUGUUAUUGUAAGGCAAACCGAACUAGAGACACAGCAAGAGAAAAUGCACCCGCCGCACCCAGACGCCCCCACCAUGAGCAAAAAUAAAAGAAGGAAGCUGAAGACGAAGCUACGGCUUAGGAGGAAGAGAGAAGCUGGCUUAGCCUCCAAGGCCUCUGGGGUCAGCUUCACCUACCAGCCCGAGAGCAGCGAGGAAGCAGAGACGGAUGAUGAUGUGGGAGGAGAGGAGGAAGACGAUCCCAAGAGCUCGAUCACAGACACCACCCAGGAAGACACUGAGCUCGCCCGCAGCAGGGUGGACGGUGUCCUGAGUUUUCUGAAGUCAACACAAGAAAUUUAUUUCUAUGAUGAUACUUCCAGAGACGAUCCAGCGGUGUGCACAGAAGCUGCCGAAGAGCUGCUCCGCCUCCUUGAAUCUGGACGCAUGCCUCCCACAGAUGUACUCAUCCUGGACCACAUGAAAACCCUGCUGCUUCUGCAGGACACCGAGAGACUGAAGAGCGCCCUGAAGAUGUUCCCAGAGCACUGUAUGAUGCCCCCGGACCAUGCCAGAGUAAUCUCGGCUUUCUUUAAUUAUUGGAUCACACAGAUUCUUCCUGAAAAAAGCAGUGAAUAAAACCAGUAUCACUUAAGAAGAGCUGUCAUUUAGCACAAGGCCGCAAACUCAGACUUCAUGCCUGUACAGAAGGAGUUAUUUAUUAUUAUUAUUUUGGGUGAUUCAAACCCUGGAGACAUUGAAGACAUUUCUACCGUGUUAUUUAUUUCUAUGUUUCUAUAUCAUCUGAGACUUUAAGUGAGGAAUUGCGGUAAAAUAAAAGCAGUUUACUUGCUUACUGUUACGUAUAUAUUGAAUUACUUCAUAAAACUAGAUUGUUUUCUGAUGCCUGUAACAAAAAUAGAUAUUUUACUAAAUAAACUAUAUAGUUUGAAGUUA